UUCUCGUACCAGGUAUCAUGGCCUCUGGUGCACCAAUGAGCCAAGUGGAGUUUGAAAUGGCCUGUGCUUCACUCAAGCAGCUGAAGGGUCCCGUGAGCGAUCAGGAGAAACUGCUGGUGUACAGCUUCUACAAACAGGCCACCCAGGGCGACUGUAACAUCCCCGCCCCUCCAGCCACGGACGUGAAAGCAAAGGCCAAAUGGGAGGCGUGGAACGCGAACAAAGGGACGUCCAAGAUGGAUGCCAUGAGGAUCUACAUCGCCAAAGUCGAAGAGCUGAAGAAAAACGAGGCUGGCUGAAAGACAUGUUGGCAGACACAAGGAAGUAG